AUGAUGUUGAAGACAAGACAAGAGACUAAAGAAGAUGAGGAUUUGAGAAACUUUGUGGCGCCUCUAGGUAUCACUGAAUUUGGUGAAGGAGAAGAAGUAUCUGAAUCCGAAUCUGAUGAAGAACAUGAAGAUGAUCUUGCUGAGAGUUACAAGGAGGUACGGGAGACAAUUAUCAGGCUUGUACAAGAGAACCUAGCACUGAUUAAGGAGAAGCAACGACUUGAAACAUUGGCUGAAUCUUUGCAGACUGAGCUGCAGGCUGAACGAAAACUCAGUCAGGAGAGUGUACUGUUGAUGAAGGAGAAACUCAGUCUGGCUGUCAAGGCAAGUAAUUUGGAGAAUGAAUUGCAUGUUGAGAAGGGAAUAUCUACUCAACUUCAGUCGCAACGUGAAAUUGGACAAGAUCCUGUCUUAUGGGAGGACUGA